AGACGAAGUAUAGGAUAGCAUUGCAAGCUUGGAGGACUUGGUGUCACAUAUUUUGAAUUACCGACUGUGUAAAAAAUCAGAGGUUUUGUUCUGCUCACUACUCUUAGAUAACGGUCAAUAGGAAAACUACAUCAAGCAAAAUGAUCGAAAUUUAUUAAGUACCGAAGUCGACUAUACUAAAGAAUAACUGCUCGGCAUAUUUUAUCUGGAACGCAGUUAAUCCGAACCCAAUCAAGAAUCAUCGGAAUUACUCUAUCGAUGAUAAUGAUGGUUUCUAUGUUCACUAAGAGGAUGUUGCUGCGAGAGACCCAUUUGUAUUUACGAAUUAACUUAACCUCUUGCUCUUUUAUUUCAUAAGGAGUGACAAAUUCUGGUCAAAUUUUAUGUUAUUGUUUACUGUAAAGUGUAAUAAUUGAUAAUAGAAAAAGUCUUGCGUCUUGUCCUUCGAUGCUCGGAGAACUGUGUCCGUCUUACUUCUUCUCAUUAUACUCAUUCUCCGACUUUGUCAAACUGCGCUCCGUGUCCCCUUGCCGCACUUACCUCUUCAGUUCGACGGAGAGUGAAAAGAUAUCAUCUGAGGACAGUACAUAAAUAGUUCAGUAGUUGACCGUUCGAUUCAGCGCUGCCAUGCAAAACCAGCCUUAGUCGAUAUGACAUGAAUAUGGUAAAGGUACCCCCGAGAGCGUGUAAUAUAAUUUUACGUUGUAUGUAACGUCUAUCCUAUACCUCGUCUGUGGUCUCAGACAGCUCCUUGAAUAGAAGUAGUGGGAGAAUGCUGUUUUCGAGUUACUAGUAUAAGGGGAGUAAGACUCCUUUACUCAAGUAUCAAUAUAACGCUCUCUAUAUUUAAUUACCAUGUAUAUGAAGUUUCCAAUUGGUGAAGCAAUAUUACACCUUUCAUGAAAGUACACGAUUUAUUUCUAGCGUUUAAAGCUUUCGAGUUAUCAAAAUUUUCACUACUAUAGAAUUUAUGGAUUAUUUAUUUGAUUACAGAUUAAUUAUAAUUUAAAGAUUUGUCAGAUUUUUUAUUAUUAAAAUUCAUAUCACUCUUAUAUGAUUGAUAUAUUUCUUAAAAAUUCUUCACUUAUUAUUUUUUUAUUUUAUGUGUCAUAAAAUAUUAAUAAUAUUGUAACACCAUUACAAACGAAAUUAUAGAAAAGUAUAAUUCAAAUAUUGUGUAUUCGUUUUAUGUUUCAAAUUGAUUAUAAUUCAUAUAUACCUAACCAAUAAAUCUUCAGUAACAGUUCAUCAAUUCGUGUACUUACAUCUACUUCACAAGAAAUGUUAAAAUAAUAAAAUUUGUACCUUCAGUACUUUAAUUUUCAUAAUAUUAUCGUUGCCCUCAAUGAGUUAUUAAUACUUAAUAAACUAAAAUAGUUGACAUAAUUAUCAAACAAACGGGAUGAUUUUAAUUAUAAAUUUCGAGACAGGUUAAGUUAAUAUAAAACAUUUUUACCUGCUUCAUUCUGGAUACUAUUUCUGCGGAAAACUGCAAAAUGAAUAUUUUGCCAGGAACAGCGUCUCUUCUAGAAGAAUUGGACAAGAAACUUAUGGUUUUACUAAGAGAUGGUAGGACCUUGAUUGGUUAUCUUCGAAGUGUUGACCAAUUUGCUAAUAUAGUGUUGCAUCGUACAAUUGAAAGAAUUCAUGUUGGUAAAGAAUAUGGAGAUAUUCCAAGAGGAAUUUUUAUUGUGAGAGGAGAAAAUGUAGUACUUCUAGGAGAAAUAGAUAGGGAAAAAGAAAAGGAUUUACCUCUAACUGAAGUAUCCGUAGAUGACAUUUUAGAUGCACAGAGACGAGAACAGGAAUUAAAACAAGAUCAAAAGCGACUUGUAAACAAAGCAUUAAAAGAACGAGGUUUGUCGUAUAUUCCAGAUAUGGCUCACGAUGAUAUGUUUUGACCUACAUCUGCAUCUUUAACUACAGCUACUUUGUCAUCCACCCCUUCGCAUAGUUCUGAAAGCUAUGAUACAUGUUAUACAUUGCUUUCUGUUUGAAAGUAUACAAUGAUAACAGCUUACGAAGUAUAAGUAUAUUGUAUGAUUGUGAAGAUAGAAGUAAUUAUUACUAAUAUGUUUUAAUUUUUUCAUCAAACUAUUAUGAUAAAACAUAUAACAAUGCAUAUAGCAUUAAAGUAACAACUGUUAAUAUGAAUAAUGAGAAUUUAUACAGUUUUAGUUUUAUCAUAACUUUGUAUUGAGUGUGCAAAACACUUGCACUAUAAUUGUAUCAUAUUUUUAAUAGUCUUGUAACUUUCCUGCUGUACACAAAUAUUAUAUUUAAAUAGAAAUCUAUUGCAACUAAUACAUAUU